CGCCGGGGUCCGGGGGCUCUCCUGAGCCCCCUCCCCACCAUGUUCCUGCUGCCCUGCUCUGCCCUCGCCCUCCUCCUCCUCACCUGCCUGGCUCUGGAGCCGCCCCCGCGCCGCCCCCCGCCCUCCAACCCCGCGUUCCGCGGCUUCCAGCGGCAGUUCCUGCUGGGAUACCUGCCGGCGCUGGCUGCCGACUGGCUGCAGGGCCCGCUGCUCUUCCAGCUGCUGCACGGCCGGGGCUUCCUGCGCAGCCAGAUCGCCGCCCUCUACUCCUGCGGCUUCGCCUCCAACGUCGCCUUCGGCCUCGUCUCCGGGGUUUUUGUGGAUCGGCUGGGCCGCAAGAAGUCCUGCGUGCUGUCCUCGGGGCUGUGCUCCGUGUCCUGCCUGCUGCAGCUCUCCCAGGAUUUCUUGGCGCUGGCAGCUGCCCGGGUGCUGGCGGGGCUCGGCACCUCCCUGCUCUUCUCCGCCUUCGAGUCCUGGUACGUGCACGAGCACCUGGAGCGCCACGACUUCCCGGCCGAGUGGAUUCCCGACACCUUCUCCCGCGUGGCGCUCUGGAACGGCGGCCUGGCCGUGGCGGCGGGGCUGCUGGCCGAGCUGCUGGCCGAGGGGCUGGCGCUGGGCCCCGUGGCCCCGUUCCUGGCGGCGCUGCCCUUCCUGGCUCUCUCGGGGAUCUUCGCCGGGAAAAACUGGGAUGAGAACUACGGGAAGAGCCGGCCCUGCGGGAAGGCCUGCGGGGAAGGCCUGCGGGGCCUCGUAUCCGAGCCGCGGGCGCUGCUCCUGGGGCUGGUGCAGGCCCUGGUGGAGAGCAUCCUGCUCAUCUUUGCCUUCCUUUGGACGCCCGUCCUGGAGCCGCACGGGAUCCCGCUGGGAAUCGCCUUCUCGGGCUUCACGGCCGCCGGCGCCGCGGGCUCGGCGCUGUUCCGGCGCGGCGUCACCGGGAGGCUCCGGCUGCAGCCGCUGCGGCUCCUGCCCGGCUCCGUCCUGCUGCUGGCGCUGGCCCUUCUGCUCCUGGCCCUGCCGCUGGACGCCCCCGGCGACUUCCUCGCCGUGCUGCUGCUGCAGCUCUCCUGCGGGAUCUACUUCCCGGCCAUGGCGUUCCUGCGGCGCCGGCUGGAGCGCGGCGGGGACCCGGCGGGGGCGGCGCGGUGGCUGCGGUGUAAUGGGGACAGCAGGGCUCCGCCUUCCGCCAGCUUCGUCUUCCGAUUGGCUGAGGGAGCCGUCAGUCGUGGCGCAGCGGGUGGCGAUUGGUCCGUGGAGCUCAAUGGGCGGGCAUAG